UUUUUUUGCAGAGAUUUCCUUCCCCGUGGAUCUGGAAUUGUUACACGUCGUCCCCUCAUCCUUCAGCUCAUCUUUUCAAAAACAGAGUAUGCUGAGUUUCUGCACUGCAAGUCAAAGAAAUUUACAGAUUUCGAUGAAGUUCGCCAGGAAAUUGAAGCAGAAACAGACCGGGUAACUGGAACCAACAAAGGCAUUUCACCUGUGCCCAUUAACCUUCGGGUCUAUUCUCCUCAUGUCUUGAACCUGACCUUGAUUGAUCUCCCAGGUAUCACAAAGAUUCCUGUUGGUGACCAGCCGCAGGACAUUGAGUACCAAAUCAAGGACAUGAUCCUCCAGUUCAUCACUAGAGAUAGCUGUCUAAUCCUUGCUGUCACUCCAGCCAACACUGACCUGGCCAACUCCGAUGCCUUGAAAUUAUCAAAAGAGGUGGAUCCCCAAGGCUUAAGAACAAUUGGUGUUAUAACCAAACUGGAUCUGAUGGAUGAGGGAACUGAUGCCAGAGAUAUCUUAGAGAACAAGCUGCUACCGUUACGGAGAGGCUACAUUGGAGUGGUCAACAGAAGCCAGAAGGACAUUGAUGGUAAAAAGGAUAUCCGAGUGGCUCUUGCUGCCGAAAGAAAGUUCUUCCUCUCUCAUCCUGGGUACCGACACAUAGCAGACAGAAUGGGAACACCACAUCUACAAAAAACACUGAACCAGCAACUUACCAAUCACAUUCGGGAGACACUUCCUGCAUUGCGGAGUAAACUUCAGAGCCAGAUGCUUUCCCUGGAGAAAGAGGUUGAAGAGUACAAAAACUUCCGACCGGAUGACCCCACAAGAAAAACAAAAGCUCUUCUCCAGAUGGUCCAGCAGCUGGGGGUGGAUUUUGAGAAGAGAAUUGAGGGCUCCGGGGAUCAGGUAGACACCCUAGAGCUCUCUGGAGGUGCCAGGAUAAACCGAAUUUUCCAUGAACGGUUUCCAUUUGAGCUUGUCAAGAUGGAGUUUGAUGAAAAGGAUCUACGACGGGAAAUUAGCUAUGCCAUUAAGAAUAUUCAUGGUGUGAGGACGGGUCUGUUUACACCAGAUAUGGCCUUUGAAGCCAUAGUGAAGAAGCAGGUAGUGAAGCUGAAGGAACCGUGUCUGAAAUGUGUGGACCUUGUCAUCCAGGAACUGAUAAAUACUGUGCGACAGUGUACAACAAAGCUGGCUUCUUACCCAAGACUACGAGAAGAGAGUGAAAGGAUUGUUACAACGUACAUCCGAGAGAGAGAAGGGAAGACAAAAGAUCAAAUACUGCUACUAAUAGACAUUGAACUAUCUUACAUCAACACCAAUCAUGAGGAUUUCAUUGGAUUUGCGAAUGCCCAACAAAGAAGCACGCAGCUCAACAAGAAGAGGGCUGUCCCCAACCAGUUCUCUCUUCAGGUGAUCAGGAGAGGUUGGUUGACCAUCAACAACAUCAGCAUCAUGAAAGGAGGCUCCAAGGAAUAUUGGUUCGUGCUGACAGCAGAGUCCUUAUCCUGGUAUAAAGAUGAAGAGGAGAAAGAGAAGAAGUACAUGCUGCCUCUUGACAACCUGAAGAUCCGAGAUGUAGAGAAAGGGUUCAUGUCCACCAAACACAUCUUUGCCAUUUUUAACACAGAGUCAAGGAACGUUUAUAAGGAUCUACGUCAAAUAGAACUUGCCUGUGAAUCUCAAGAGGACGUAGAUAGCUGGAAAGCCUCAUUUCUUCGAGCAGGAGUGUACCCCGAAAAAGACCAGGCAGAAAAUGAAGAUGACGUACAAGAGAAUACCUUCUCCAUGGAUCCCCAGCUGGAGAGACAAGUGGAAACCAUAAGGAAUUUGGUGGACUCCUACAUGGGAAUCAUAAACAAGUCCAUCCGUGACCUCAUGCCAAAGACCAUAAUGCACCUCAUGAUCAAUAAUACUAAGGAAUUCAUUCACUCGGAGCUACUGGCAUAUCUCUACUCAUCCACUGACCAGAACAGUUUGAUGGAGGAGUCGGCGGACCAGGCUCAGAGGCGAGAUGAAAUGCUCAGGAUGUAUCAUGCACUGAAAGAGGCUUUGAACAUUAUCGGGGAUAUUACCACUAGCACCAUCACCACCCCAGUCCCACCUCCAGUGGAUGACACCUGGUUGCAGAAUUCCGGCAGCGGCCAUAGCCCGAAUGUGCAGAGGAGGCCAGUUUCCAACAUCAUGCCCCCCAGCCGUCCUCCGGCAGUCCGUGGCCCCACCCCAGGGCCCCCUCUAAUACCUGUGCCAGCGGGAGGUUCUGCUUACCCUCCUAUCCCAUCUCGCCCUGGCCCAGCGGGGCCAUUUCCUGCUGCUAACAAUGACCCUUUUUCUGCGCCUCCACAGAUCCCAUCCCGACCUGCUCGUAUCCCACCAGGUGUACCCCCGGUGUGCCCAGGUAAGGACUGUGAUCUAUUGCAUGUUGCUCAGCAGACUAUCUGGUGCAUGAUGAACAUUAUUAAUUACUACAUUAAUUAUGGUCACAUACUUGAUAGCUACGUGUGUCUGUAG